ACUCUCUUUUCACUUUCAGGUCCUGCAACUUUGACGCCCUUGCUCCUCAAGAGAAGAAGAAAAGACACCCGAGAUUCGCUGUAAAUAUCAUGAAUUUGAGAGCAAGGGAAGACAAAGAUCCUAAUGCUUUCCCCACGAGGCAACUUCUAAUUCUCGCAAUAUGUCGCUUUUCGGAGCCGAUUGCCUUUAAUUCCAUCCUGGCCUACACGUUUGUCAUGGUCAAGGAUUUGGGCAUUGCUGAGAAAGAUGCUUCACUUUACGCAGGACUGCUCGUCUCGGCGUAUGCGGUCGCUGAGGCGCUGACCUCGAUGGGAUGGGGUAUUCUGUCGGACCGCGUUGGGCGAAAGCCUGUUGUUCUGUUUGGACUUGUUGGCGUGGCUUUGUCGAGUCUCAUUUUCGGUUUGGCCAAGAGCUAUUGGGUUGCUCUGCUUGCACGAUUCGUCGGCGGCGCGUUGAAUGGAAACGUGUCGGUCAUGCAAACCAUGGUCGCUGAAAUGGUGAAGUUGCCUGAGCAUGAGCCCAAGGCCUACGCCGUACAGCCUUUCGUCUGGACUCUUGGCGGCAUCAUCGGGUCUGCGAUGGGAGGUUUCCUCGCUCAACCCGCCAAAUUCUACCCUUCAAUCUUUUCCGAGGGUGGACUGUUUGGACGAUAUCCUUACCUGCUUCCUAACCUUGUCUCAGUGGCCGUGGUAGCUAUCGCGGUUAUCCAAGGACUCUUUCUUCUCGAGGAGACCCUUGUCAAGCCCGGAUCCGAGGGCGAGAACGGCGUUUCUAACUACCAAGCAGUCCCCGCCAUAGACGAUCUCGAAUCAAUCGAUGAGCGCACACCUCUCCGACGCUCUGCAGUCCGCACCUCCGUUUCUCGCAGCCGUCGACACAUGUCACCCUCCACCAGCCGAUCACGACCUCGCUUCGCCGAGUCCAGUCUUGGAAUGGCAGUCGAACACGACUUUAUCGACCUCCGCCGCUCUUCUUUCGGAACUGUGCACUCCAUUGUCCUUCCUCAGGAUCUUCUCACACCCCCAAACGAGGAGCAGGAGGACGAGCAGGCCAAGUCCGGUGAACGGACGUUCAAUAAGACGAUUAUGAUGCUCAUCGUCGCACUGCUUAUCUUCUCUUAUCACCAGAUGGCUGCAAGCAGUCUUCUUGCCACAUAUCUGCUUGACGAUCCUUCUGAGAAACGCGGAGCUAUCGACUGGAUUGGUGGUCUUGGUUACACCGUACACGAUGUCGGCGUAUAUCUCGCAGUUAACGGAGUACUGGGUCUAUUUAUCCAGGCCGUCAUCUUCCCCGUGUUCGUCAGCCGUGUUGGAGUAUGGCAUUCCUUUGUGAGCAUGAUUAUCAUGUAUCCUGCUUCCUACAUGCUCAUGCCUUUCCUCUCCGCGUUCGGCGAACCAGUUGUCUCCUUGGGAAUCUACGCAUCGUUGUUAAUGCAGAGCUUUUGCGGGUUGAUAGUGGCACCCGUUACUCUCAUUCUUAUCAAGGAUGCUACGCCAUCCCCUCAGGUGCUUGGUCGAGUCAAUGGCUUGGCUAUGUCUGGUGCCUGUUUGGCACGUACUGUUGCACCGCCCCUUGCUGGAGUUUUCUAUGCUCUGUCAGGUUCCGUGUCAGCAUGGUUCAGCUGCGUUGUUGUAGCUAUCAUCGGAGCAGUUCAGCUUUUCUGGAUUCCACGAAGAAGUAUCAAGAAGGACGAUGUCAUGGUGGAUAACGCCCUUACCAAGACAGUCACCAAUGAAUCUCGCCGUGGACGACGUGGCAGAAACUCUUUGUCAUAAGAGGCCACGGGUACUACUGAGGACGAUCCCCAUAGCUGAUACAUCGACCGAGUAUAGCAAUCAUUAGGUAUGAACGAAAGGAAGCAACGCCAUAACCAGCCUCGACGGCGAUAAGCGAGUGGCCAUACUUGGCGUUCUCGCAGCCUUUGAAAGCGACUUGUUACGAUCACAACGAUGCACAACAUCCAACACGAUCCUUGGCGACGCCCACAGAAAACUGUGGGCUAUGUAAUCCUUUCCUUUGAUGACAACAACUUACGUUUUUAAAGUAUCGUAUUCUUCAACCUUCAUUGAUCGACAUGAAACUGGGACACUCUUGUCUAUUCCAUAUGCGCAUUUCUCAUGAUUUUGUGUGUCGCUUUUCUGUUUCUGCUUUUCGGGGUGAACGAUAGUUUCUGAGGCGCAAGGUAUUGGUUCCAUGAUCUGGAAGGUAAUGAUGCAAUCCAAAAAUUGCUUUAUCUCGAGCAACUACUCAACAAAUUCUUUAUGCUAGAGUCCGAUUUUCUUUGUCUUUAUCUUAGCUUGGGGGCCUAAAGAGCUUUAUGUCAUAUUCUGCAAUCCAUUGUAGCCAGUACAGUAUGAUCAUACCAUUUCACAUCAUUGGCUGUCUGUUUCAGUGCUUCGAUGAUUCUCAACCAUCAUCUCAAGAG